UCUUGCUCUCUCCUUCUUGCUCGCUCUUCGGAAUCUGAAAGCACUUCUCUCUCUCUAUCUCGCUCGUUUACAGACCGGCUCUGGAUCGUGAUUGAAGGUGAGAUUAAGAUGGCUAUGGUGGAUGAACCUUUGUAUCCCAUUGCUCUACUCAUUGACGAGCUUAAGAACGAUGAUAUCCAGCUUCGUUUGAACUCUAUCCGUCGCCUAUCUACAAUUGCUCGUGCCCUUGGAGAGGAGCGUACGAGGAAAGAGCUGAUCCCUUUUUUAAGUGAGAACAGUGAUGAUGACGAUGAGGUUCUCCUCGCAAUGGCUGAGGAGUUGGGAGUUUUUAUUCCCUUUGUUGGAGGGGUUGAGCAUGCUCAUGUGCUUCUCUCUCCUCUUGAAUCUCUCUGCACUGUUGAAGAGACAAGCGUGAGAGAGAAAGCUGUGGACUCGCUUUGUAAGAUUGGUGCUGAGAUGAAGGAGAGUGACCUUGUUGACUCCUUUGUCCCUCUUGUCAAGAGGCUUGCAGCGGGUGAAUGGUUUGCAGCGAGAGUUUCAGCAUGUGGUUUGUUUCAUGUUGCGUAUCAAGGUUGUAGUGAUGUGUUGAAGACUGAGUUACGGUCUAGUUAUAGUCAGUUGUGUCAAGAUGAUAUGCCUAUGGUGAGAAGAGCUGCUGCUUCUAACUUGGGGAAGUUUGCUACAACUGUGGAGUCGAGCUUUUUGAGUACUGAGAUCAUGGCUAUGUUCGAGCAUCUUACUAAAGAUGAGCAGGAUUCUGUUAGACUGUUGGCUGUUGAAGGCUGUGCAGCUCUUGGAAAGUUGUUGGAACCUCAGGAUUGUGUUGCACGGAUUUUACCUGUUAUUGUCAAUUUCUCUCAGGAUAAGUCAUGGAGGGUGCGGUACAUGGUUGCUAAUCAGCUAUACGAACUUUGUGAGGCAGUGGGUCCUGAUUGCACCAAGACGGAUUUGGUUCCUGCAUAUGUGAGAUUGCUACGGGACAAUGAGGCUGAAGUGCGAAUAGCAGCAGCAGGAAAAGUGACUAAGUUCUGUCAGCUUUUGAAUCCAGAGCUUGCGAUUCAGCACAUCCUUCCUUGUGUGAAGGAAUUAUCAUCCGAUUCUUCUCAACAUGUCCGCUCUGCUCUAGCUUCAGUAAUAAUGGGGAUGGCUCCUAUCCUUGGGAAGGAUUCAACAAUUGAGCAUCUGCUGCCGAUCUUUCUUUCCCUUUUGAAAGAUGAGUUUCCUGAUGUACGUCUCAACAUCAUUAGCAAGCUAGACCAAGUCAACCAGGUUAUUGGGAUCGAUCUGCUAUCACAAUCCUUGUUGCCGGCGAUUGUAGAGCUUGCUGAGGAUCGGCACUGGAGAGUCCGUCUUGCUAUAAUUGAGUAUGUUCCUCUGUUGGCUAGCCAGUUAGGUAUAGGGUUUUUCGAUGACAAGCUCGGAGCCCUCUGCAUGCAGUGGAUGCAAGACAAGGUUUAUUCUAUCCGUGAAGCUGCAGCAAACAACCUAAAGCGCCUUGCAGAGGAGUUUGGUUCUGAAUGGGCAAUGCAGCACAUUGUUCCCCAGGUGUUGGAAAUGGUUAACAAUCCGCACUACCUACACAGGAUGAUGGCUUUACGUGCAAUCUCUCUCAUGGCUCCUGUAAUGGGAUCAGAAAUCACGUGCUCUAAGUUUCUCCCUGUGGUGGUUGAGGCAGCAAAAGACAGAGUUCCAAACAUCAAAUUCAAUGUUGCUAAACUUCUGCAAUCUCUCAUCCCCAUAGUAGACCAAUCAGUGGUGGACAAAACAAUCCGUCAGUGUUUGGUGGACCUGAGCGAGGACCCUGAUGUUGAUGUUCGCUACUUUGCAAACCAAGCGCUUCGUUCUAUUGACGCUGGUGCAGUGGCCCAGUCCUGAACGUUUCAAAUGUUUUUUACCCAUAUAUAAUCUUCAAUCCUGAGUUUUUUCUUUUCUUUUAAGUUUCCAUUAUAUGUGUUCUCUCUUCUCCUAUUUCUUUUUCUGAAACGCCAUUUUGGUUGCUGGUUAUGUGAACUGCAUUUGUUACACUUUCUUGUGUUCAAAGCUGUGCUUCCAAUACUUCC